GACGUUGCGACAAAGGAAGGAAGCGAGGAGAAGAUUCUCAAAAAGGCGAUCGAUCGCUGUUUUGAAGCAAUAUUCAAAAACUCUAGCGAUAUGAUUACGGAGAAGCUUGGGCGAAAAGUUUUGGAGUUUGUGAAAACAAAUCAGUUCGAAAGCUCUCUUGCAACAGACAUGCUUGCUUCAGUCGUCGCUUCUGUGACCUAUGCAACUGAAAUGAAAAAGGCCGAAGAGCUCGAUGCAUCUGCAUCAUGGUUUGUUUCUUUGGCUGCCGCUUUGUUGGGAACGACUAGCGAGAAUUACAUCCAGCACAAAGGUAUCUGCAUAGAAAUGAUCGAUCUAUUGGUGAAUUGCAAAAGUUCGGUAGCAUACAGUGGUGGAGCGCUUGGGCUGUGGAACAGCCUGUACACACUUUCCCGCGUAUAUCCAGAAAACACCUAUUUUAGGAGUAAAAUGUUGAGCAGACCUUUGAAAGAAUGGGUGCCUAUCAGGGAAUGGGCGCGACUGUACAACAGAGAGGAGGUAAAAAUGGCUUGGAAUAUCCCUAAUGAAAGAGGCAGAGCUGUAAUAGAGGAGAUUCUGAAUAAGUUCUUUUUUCCUACAAUGGAUCUCGUAAAAACCGUGCAUGUAGAUAGGUGGGUCAUUCUCAUUCCUCGAGCCGUGCAUGCUCGCAAAAUCUUUUGA